AUGGAGAAGUCCAAGAAUUUCCGUAUCGACGCGCUGCUGGCGGUGGAUUCUCCGAAGCCGGCGGUAGCCUCGACGGCUCAGACCUCUCCGCUGGCCUUGGUCACCUCUCUGUCCGGAGGGCCCGGCAACACCAGCAGCAGCUCCAGUUCCAGCUGCAGCCCGCCCUCCUCGGCCGAGGGUCACACGAGCUCAUCAUCCGAAUGCCUGCGCACCGAGAGCCCAUCGCCGCCCUGUAUCCUCAGCGGGCACUGCGGCUUGGUGGCCAAGCCCGGCUUCCUGACGGGUGGCGCGGCCGCGGGUGGUCCCCACCAGCACCAGCACCCGCACGCCCACCCCCACCCCCACGCCGCUCUGGGGCUUCAAGGCGGCGCGGGGCUGCACCCCCAGGCGGCCCUUUAUGGGCACCCCAUGUACGGGUACCCGGCGGCGGCGGCCGCGCUGGCGUCUCAGCACACAGCCCUCUCCUAUUCCUACUCCCAGGUGCAGGCUUCGCACCCGGCUGCCGACUCUCUCAAGCUCGGCGCCGGCACCUUCCAGCUGGACCAGUGGCUGCGGGCCUCCACCGCCGGGAUGAUCUUGCCCAAAAUGCCCGACUUUAACUCCCAAGCUCAGUCCAACCUUUUGGGCAAAUGCCGGCGGCCCCGCACUGCGUUCACCAGCCAGCAGCUGCUGGAGUUGGAGCACCAGUUCAAGCUCAACAAGUACCUGUCCCGCCCGAAGCGCUUCGAGGUGGCUACCUCGCUCAUGCUCACCGAGACGCAGGUGAAGAUCUGGUUUCAGAACCGACGCAUGAAGUGGAAACGGAGCAAGAAGGCCAAGGAACAAGCAGUCCAAGAAGCUGAGAAACAGAAGGGUGGAAAUGCUGAGCAAGACAAGGGGGCAGAGGAGGGGCAGGUGCUGCCAGGCGUGGCUGAAAAGAGCAACGUGGGUCGCCGCCUGCGGGGACUCAGAGAUAGUGAGCCAGAAGAAGAAGAGGGGGAGGAGGAGGAGGGGGAGCAAAUUUCUAGACAUUGCUGUCCCUACACCUCCCCUGACUGUUCUGAUAAGGAUGAUGAUGAUGGGAGGCAGCCCCAGAACAGACAUGUGGGAGCCAACCCACAGCUGCCCCAGGCUCAGACUCCUUAAACAUUGGGGGCUUGCCACACUGGCUGCCCCCUUCCUACCUGGGAUUCCAGGAAGGACCAGACCUUCUGAUGCUCUGGUCCUUGCUGCCAAGGCAACUUUUCUAGUGCUGCUCCUCUAGGUGCCUUGGAUUUCAACUUCCCAAAUUUCUAGUCUAGCUGGUGCUCUCCAAAUGUCCAGUGCAUUUGGAGAGCACAAGCCCAGGUAGGGCACUCCAAACUUGGCAGUAGUUUUUCAGUUGUGCACUGAUUCCCAAGCAGCUAUGGCCUAAUAACCUUUCCAAAAUUCUGGCCAAUAAUCUGUCCCAGAAGAAUUAACUUCUCUCACAUUAAAGAUUAUUAUACGGGUGAGCGUUAGGAUGAAUGCAGAGAGUUCCUUUGAUACAACUUACCUGUCACUUUGGGCAUCAAUUGUGUAGCCCUUCAACAUCCUUUUGGUGUCUAUCAAUGGACACCAAAGCUACAUCAUUUUUCAAUGUUUGGUGGGAGGAUUAAGGUGCCAGUUCCGUUAUGUAUACCCUGAUAUAACCUUCAGACUUCUCACUAACCUUUCAGCUUAUCAGCCACAGCCAAUGGUCAUAAAGAAUUAAAGGCCUAGUCAUUGCAAAUGCCACUGCUAUACUAUUCCACUUUCAUUCUAUCAAUAAUGGUGACAUAAAGCAUUAUUCAAAGACUGAAUCACAAGGUCAGAAAAUGGCACUUGAAACUUAUUUUCCCUUCUGAGGUUUGGUGUUCUUUAACUGCUAUGAGAAUGUUGUUGUUUAUUCUACAAUAAACAAACUAAGAAUGUUACACAAUGAUGGUUGGAACCACCAGAGAAUCUUAGGAGGGCUUUAUUAUCUUUAUUUUUAUAUACUGUAUUUAUAUUUAAAAAAAAAAACCCUCCUCUUACGCAUGCUAAAUUAUUAA